GUCAAAAUCGAUAGCCGCUAUCGUGUUUCUACAACGUCAACAAACACCACGAUAUCAACCUACCCCUGACUAAACAAUGGCCUCAAGGACGUUAACACCGCUGCGGGCGGUGUCUAGAAGACUUCGUGCGCCGAUAAAUUCUUCGGAUCGAGUCCAAUUCCCUAGCCGAACCCUCUUCAGCGCCUCAAAACCGAAAACAAGCAACGUACCCCCUCCACCAGCCUCCAAAUCCGCGUCCGCAUCUACAACAACCACUUCCUCCGCUUCCACCUCCAAACCCACGCCAGCCACAGCAUCCAAACCAACCCCAACAUCCGGCACCCGCACACCAAUCCCCGCAGUCUCCGGCACGCCCCUCCCCAACGCCCCGGGAACAACCCAAGCCUACCCCUCCCCCUCUUCCUCCUCCCAAACCGACAUCGACACCAACGGGAACGGACCGAUAGACUGGACACAAUCCUACCACGGCCUAGGAACCUCCGCCUUCCCCAUUGAAACCUCCGCCAUUCUCCAAGCGCGUCUCGACCCCGAAGAUAUAGAAGUAAAACCCGACGGCAUAAUCUACCUCCCCGAGAUCAAGUACCGCCGAAUCCUAAAUGCGGCGUUUGGCCCGGGGGGUUGGGGUUUGGCUCCUAGGGGGCAGUUGACGGUGCAGGAGAAGUUGGUUACGCGGGAGUAUGCGCUUGUGGUGCAUGGACGGUUUGUGGCACAAGCUCGAGGCGAACAACAAUACUUCAGCGAAGACGGCGUGUCAACCGCGGCUGAGGGAUGUAAAUCCAAUGCACUCAUGCGAUGCUGCAAAGAUCUGGGUAUUGCUUCGGAGUUAUGGGACCCGCGAUUUAUUCGCAAGUUUAUGAAGGAGUAUGCUGUUCAGCAGUGGGUCGAGCACGUUACUACCAAGAAGAAGAAGCAGAUCUGGUUGCGCAAGGAUGACGAGAUUCGUUACCCGUGGAAAAAGUCAUAAUAAGAGAAUAAGGAGGCGGUGUAUGAUACGAAGAGGCGGGAGAUACCCCGAUGUUAGACCCCUAGCAUGAGGUACGGGGUCAAUCAGACUGCUCUAAUACGAGUCCAGAUCUGUGUAUAUACGUACGCACGCAUCACUUCACUACAUCACAUACAACAGACUAUAAAGCAUAA